AUGACGCUCAUACGCUUGGAAAACAUUCCACCAGGAUCUCAUGUCGGCCUUGACUUGCACUCUUGGCAAUCUGGCCCGAACUUCAGAGGCAUCAAGGAUGUUCCUGAGGGUAUCCAUUGUCUACACGUCACAAUAGCAGACGUGUCACUGACCAAAUAUGCUGUAUGGCUUGACAUCAAGACAUCUGUGACUACCGCAUUUGCUUGGAGAUCUGCCGAGCAAAAAUUCGUCAAGACGAGCUCAAAUCAAUCUAUGGGUCCGAAUGAAGAGAUGUUCUUCGUGGCGUGUCCUCCAGAGCCUGAUCGCCAUUUUGAGGCCUUGAGCAAGCAUCUUGGUGCUGAUACAGUCAGCCGUUUUGUAAAACUGGAGAGCGUCCUGACAAGCACAUCGACCUCGAACGUCGACCCCUUUGCCGACGAGCUGAAGAGGAUCGACACGACGGUCAUCACUGGCAGUGGGGAAUACGCUCUGACAUUCACUCCAAUUGAUCUCAAGAGAAGCUGGAGACCUGGAGCUAUCGGAAGAGAACUGACAGAUCAGUCGCUCGACAAGUCAUGGCUGCUUCACGACACGCUAUCACGCUGCAGUGGUGCCGAUGGAUUCCUGGCAGAGUUUGAGUUUUGCACGCUCAGCGUGUUGCUGUAUGGCUCACUAGCGGCCUGCGAUCAUUUCAACACCAUGCUCCUUCUUGUCGCCAAUUCAAAGACAGCUUUGCUGACAAAUCCUGCUUUCUUCGAAGGCAUCCUCGACUUGCUACACCUUCAGAUGCAGCAAGUCCCUGAAGAUCUCUUCGCGGACUUCUUUGCGCUCAACGUUCCACAACAAGUAGCAGUAAUGCAGAGAAAUGUCAAGGAGCUCAUGGUGGGGAACGGCACUAGCAGGCUACAAGGCAUUUCUGAGAAUAUUGAGAUUCUCCUAGACUUUUUGCACCGCGAGUUCAAUGUCGAACACGUUACAGAACAGGCUGUGUACCCUGGUGACGAGGAUGCAGAUUCCUCAGAGAGCGAGCCUGACGAUGAGAAGCCUGUUGUAGUUGAGAAUGUGUAG